AUGGUCAACUUGUUCCAUCCUCCUGCGCCUCGGCUGCCGCCGCGUGGCUGUUUCGUCAUUCGCGAUUCCGACCGCAAGUUCCUCCCCGUCAUCGACGUCGACGCCCACGCUACCGUCCUGUCCGCCUCCUCGCGCACCACGCUUACGCAAACAUUUAUCAACCCGGACAGUAAAAGGGGGCUCGACGAGGUCCGCUAUGAUUUCCCCCUCUACGAUGGCGUGACGGUGGUCAACUUCGUGUACACUGUCGGCGACCGCAAAAUCGAGGCUGUCGUUAAAGAGCGCCAGGCGGCCAGGAAGAUGUACAAAGAUGCUGCCAGCCGCGGCGAGACGGCUGGCUUGUUGGAGCAGAGUUUCCGCGCUUCAGACGUCUUUACCGCCAGCAUCGGCAAUGUCCCUGCGGGUGAGAAGGUCAAGGUUGAAAUGACAUACCUCGGGGAACUCGAGCAUGACGCCGAGGCAGAUGCCGUGCGCUUGACCAUUCCCACCACCAUUGCGCCCAGAUAUGAUGGAAAUCAAGUCCUUGGCACCACCCCCCAUAGCACGGCUCCCGGCGCAGCCGAGGGAGGUGGAAGGAUAUCCAUCACCGUCGACGCCGAAAUGGCCGAUGGCUGCUUCAUUACGAAUGUCCACUCGCCGUCACACCCAAUCUCCGUCAACACUGGCAAGACGUCAACUGCCACCAGCAAGCCAUCGUCACCGCAAAGAGCCUCUGCGACACUGGCUCUUGGCACUUCCAAGUUGGAAAAGGACUUUGUCAUCAUGAUAGUGGCCGACGGCCUCGGCAGCCCUACGGCCAUCCUCGAGACCCAUCCUGACCUUCAGAGGCGAGCGUUGAUGGCAACCUUGGUGCCCAGGUUCAACCUCCCCGUCAGCAAGCCUGAAGUUGUUUUCGUGUGCGAUCGGAGCGGCAGCAUGGGCGAUGGCCAAAAGAUUCCGAAUCUAGUUGCCGCCCUGCAAAUCUUCCUCAAGUCACUGCCUGUGGGCGUCAGGUUCAAUGUCUGCAGCUUCGGCUCGAGAUUCACCUUUCUCUGGGAAAACUCUCAAUUCUACGAUCAGUCUUCCCUGGACAAAGCCGUGCAACAUGUCAAAUCAUUUGAAGCAGACUAUGGAGGAACCGAGAUUUACCAGCCCCUGGAAGAAGCCUUUCGGAGGCGACUCACCGACAUGAACCUCGAGGUCUUCCUGCUUACCGAUGGUGAAAUUUGGGAGCAGAACCAGCUCUUCAGCAUGAUUCACGACCACGUUGCCAAGAGCGCAGGUGCGAUUCGGGUCUUUACGCUGGGGGUCGGCGACGAGGCCAGCUCGGCCCUGAUCCAGGGGGUAGCGCGGGCCGGCAAUGGCUUCGCCCAGAAGGUUGCGGAGAACGAGAAGAUGGACAAGAAGGUCAUCAGAAUGCUAAAGGGUGCCCUGGCGCCGCACAUCAACGACUGCGCACUCGAGAUCCAGUACCAAGGGCCCACGGGUGACGAUCGCACGGCCAACGACGAAGAUUUCGAGGUCGUCGAGAAAGUCGACUGCCUAUCCAUCGGCGCCGAGCAAGAUGACGCGACGGCAAGCAAGCCUGCAGAGUCGAAGCUACCCAAGAAGCCCAUUUUGUUUUAUGAUCCAGAUGUUAAGGACGACGAAAUGGAGAUGACCACGGCGCCUACUUGCGACGACAAUGGGUAUAACAAGCUUCCCGAGGUUGCAUCGCCUCGCUAUCUCCAGGCUCCUUUCAAAAUUCCCGCGCUCUUCCCCUUCAACCGAGCGACAGUCUACGUCAUGCUUUCAGCUUCAACCCCCAGCCGCGAGAUCAAAUCGGUCGUCCUCACGGGGAUGUCCGCCCACGGGCCGCUCAGGCUCGAGGUGCCGGUGACGAAGCUCGCUGAAAAGGGUACAACGAUUCACCAACUCGCUGCCCGCAAAGCGAUCCAAGAGCUCGAAGAGAAUGGGGGCUGGAUCGCUCAUGCCGAGGACAAUAGCGGGAAAUUGCUGAGAGAGGAGUUUGCGGCUCAUUUCGACGAGAUGAUCGCCCGGGAGGGCGCCAGGCUAGGCGUGGAGUAUCGAGUGGGCGGGAAAUGGUGCUCGUUUGUGGCUGUUAAGGAGACGGAAUCCCGCGGCCCCACCAAUGAUGAGGAGGCGGGAACGCUUGGAGAGUUCGAGGUGGUUCGCGCCGAAGACUUGGAGCCGCCACAAGCCAUGUUUGGCGCUUCCGCUCCCCGAAACCUGCAGAUGUUUGCGGCUGCAACUCCUACAAGCUCGUCCGGGUCACUCUUCGGGGGUGCUGCUCCAAUGGCCAUGUGCGCAUCGAUGCCAAUGUCAAUGAUGCACUCUAAGCCAGCACCCCCACCUGCAGCUGCACCAGUGACUUUUGGUAGCAGCUCAUACGUGUUGAACAGCGGAGAUGAUGAGGAUACAAGGUUUGGACUUUUGGAUGAUGGCCUGGCUCCGUUGCGGGGGAAAAAUUCAACAAAUCGACCAAGGCUCCUGGUGGGAGGUGGUGCACCUUCGUCUGUCCAUCUGCAAGACGAGGGCGCUCAAGGUGAGGGUAUGUCCGACCACAGCGAUCCUCUCACAGGUCUUGCGUCUCUCCAGACGUUUAUCGGGAGCUGGAAAUGGAGCCCCGAGCUGGAGAAGAUUCUUGACGUGACACAGAAGACGGCGGCGGAGAUGCAGUUGCCCACGGAUAGCGUCGGCCAGGCCGAGAUUUUGGCGACGCUCUGCGCCGUGGUGUUUCUGAGGACAAGACUGGCGGACCAGAAGGAUGCGUGGGAGAUGAUGGUUGAGAAGUCGGAGGGUUGGCUCGGGGAACAGACUGGGGAGACGGCAGCCAGGCUGGAGAAGAUGGUGGAGGACGCCGGCCUUUUCGGGUCGGCCUAG